UGGCUUCUAGUGGAUACCUAGUGCCAAAAAAUCCCAUCACUGACCCAGUGUCUGUCUCCCUCUCGAUCGUUGCCGUCGUCGUAUUUAUCUUCCAGCAAGAUGGGUGAACUCAUAGGAUUGACUAACUCUGAAGCGCGCGAGCUUUGUAAGAAACCUGAUCCAGCGACCAAUGGUUAUAUAAUGCAGCAAACGAUGUAUCGUAUCAAAGAUCCAAGGAAGUCGUUACCCUUUUAUACAGAAGUACUGGGCAUGCAGUUGCUGCAGAAACUUGACUUUCCCGAAAUGAAAUUCUCGUUGUACUUCCUGGGAUACGAGAACGCGAAGGACAUACCUUCCGAUAAAAGGGAAAGCAUCGAAUGGACGUUCAGUCGCAAAGCAACUAUAGAACUGACUCAUAACUGGGGAACGGAGACCGAUCCGGAUCCUAAGUAUCAUAAUGGGAACACCGAGCCGAGAGGAUUUGGACAUAUCGGAAUCACGGUGCCCGACGUAGAGAAAGCGUGUAAAAGAUUCGAAGAGCUGGACGUGGAAUUCGUGAAGAAACCUGACGAUGGUAAAAUGAAAGGAAUCGCAUUUAUCAAAGAUCCAGAUGGUUACUGGAUUGAAAUCCUGAGUCCAGAAAACAUACUGAACGUAAUAUCGAGUCAGAGUAAUUUUUUUGAAUACCCGGUAAUGUACAAGCUUCAUUGAACGUCGAUCAGAGAUCG